AUGACGCGCUACUACACGUACUACACAGGGAACGACGCCAACGAAGACAGCGCGGACGUGUUCGAGGAGUAUGAUCCGACGCCAUACGAGGGCGGGUACGAUAUGGCACUGACCUACGGCCGCCCUGUGGCCCCAUCUGAGAGGACGUGCUACCGUCACUCCUCAAGAGAGGACCCCGAGGAGGACUAUGAUCAGCCCGAGUUCUCAUCGUACCAGGAACCGUCCGCGUACGACGAGGAGGCCGUGAAAGAGGAGUAUAGUAGCUACGCCCGGCCGUCGCAAGAGGGAGAUCAAUACAAUAUUCGGAGGCAGGGCGGCGACGAAGGGAGGAGAAGCGAUUCUUAUGAUGAUGAGGAGCCCACUCCUGCAGGAGAAGGGGGAUAUGGUCGCAAGAAAUACGCUACCUCGCCUGGAGGCACUCGAUCAUCUUGGUGGCCCGGAUGUUGCACCAGCGAACAAGCAAUUCAGUGA